AUAACACAAAUGGAUAAUAAAAAAAUUUUUAAGCUUGGUAUAGUUGGAAAUUAGGGAGUUGGUAAGACUACAUUAAUCUUGAGAGUUGCAGAGAAAAAGUUUUAUGAAAAAGUAUCAUGUGGAGUUUCUGUAGACUUUAGAACUGUUAAAGAUUAUAAAGUAAAUGGUGAAAGUGUCAAACUUAAUAUUUUCGAUAUAGCUGGUUUAGCUAGAAAUUCUGAUUUAGCAAUUUCAUUCAUAAAAGAUGCUUCUGCUUUAGCUCUUGCCUUUAAUUUGAGUGCUCUAGAAUAUUAUAACGAAGAUUUUAAUCAAGGAGAAAAUCUUGAAUAAUAAAUAAAGCUUUGGACAGAAAAAAUUUAUAAUAACUCUGCUCUUAAUAUACCUGUUUUAAUUUUGGGAUGUUAAUUAGACAAAGUUCAAGAAAGAAAAUAAAUUUUAGAAUCGGUAAAUGAUGAAUUAGAAAGAGUAUUGAAAGAUUGUCAUAAACUUAAUAUUGUAAAAAAUAAAAAAUAACAACUUAUUUACUUUCCAACUUCUUCAAAAACAGAGGAAGGAAUUGAUGAUUUCUUUUAAAUUUGGGCUUAAGAAGCUUGUUAAAUCUAAAAAUAAUAUGGAUCGAAAUUGAGUAAUGAUUCUUUGAUUAAGAAAAAGCCAAAUGAUAAUGAUUAAUGUUGCUGA